AUGAAGAAAAAUAUAAAGUUUUCAAAUGGUGUAGGCCAAUUACUCCCAAACCCGACUGCAUAUAGGAGACUUGUUGGAAAAUUAAUCUACCUCAACAACACAUGUCCUGAUAUAAGUUUUCCAGUUCAGCAACUAAGUCAAUAUAUGACAGCCCCUACUUCUCAGCAUCAUCAGGCUGCCAUCCAAGUUCUUCAAUACCUCAAAUUAUCUCCAGCACAAGGCAUAUUCUUUCCUUCUUCUUCUCCACUUCAACUCAAGACUUUCUGCAAUUCAGACUGGGCAAGCUGUCCGGAUACACGCAAGUCAAUUUCAGGUUUAUGCAUCUUCCUAAGCGACUCCCUCAUUUCAUGGAAAUCAAAUAAACAAGCAAUCGUCUCAAGAUCUUCGACUGAAACUAAAUAUAGGGUCAUGGCCUCCACUGUUUGUAAGAUUCAAUGGCUCAUAUAUCUUCUCAAUGACCUUCAAGUUCCGCAUAUCAAACCAACUUUGUUAUAUUGUGAUAAUUAA